ACUUUAGCUUCAGUGCACUGCUAAUUCUUAACAUUAUAGCCUUGUUUUAUGACUCAUCAAAUACAACGUAGAACACGAAGGUAAAUUGAAAUGUCCUUGUAAAAAACGAAAGUAGAGUACACGAGUUGUAGUUGACGUGAUUGUGUUUUUUUUUUCCUGAAACAGUUUAUUGAUGAGAAAAAAACUCGGGAUUGAAUUCUUUGACAAAAUGGGGAUUACAUCAAGGUUAUCUAGAAAUUGACGAUGGAAUUUAUAUACAUAUUUCUACAAGCUGUCCUGUUUAUUCUCCUCAAUGUUUCGACUUCGUUUGCUUGUCAAAGAUUUCAGCAAAUAACUCUCCAGCCUUAUACAGGGGAUUAUGUCGCAUAUCCAGAGAACUACCCGCAGAAGAAAGGAUACAAUGCAAAUAUAAAUUGUUCCUGGGAAAUCACCACAAUACAGGGGUUUGAAAUUAUAUUUUAUCCCCAAUGGAACUGCGACGCUCAUGCAUCCUUGAAUCUUUACAAUGGUUUAAGUACCUCGGCGGAGAAAAAUGACAAGAUAGGUUGUCUCCUUACAAAGAGUUAUUGGAAAAUUCAAGCAUCUAGAUCACCAGCAGUUCUUCUGACUUUUUCAACAUUGUCUACGUUUGAUGGAGGUUUCAGUUUUCGUUUCAUGGCGGUGGAAAGCAACAAAGAUGAACCCUGUGCCCCUAAUGGUAUAAAGUUGCUGGCAGAAAGACAACCUAAUUUUAUUCUGUCUCCUGGUUUCCCAGCUGAAUACCAAAGUAACUUGAACUGUGUAUGGAUGGUGGAGCCUGCUAUCAGAGAGAGAAACACACAUUUGGUGUUUCAGUUCCGCUCUGUGUAUUUGGAGAGGAGUUUUGAUGCAUGUGCCGAUUACGUCCAGAUAGAUGGCUUAGAUAAAUUUUGUGAAGACGUUGAAAAACAGAUCUUACAGUCUUCUCCUAAAAUUCGACUGAAUGAGACUUCAUCGAAAGUGAGCUUCAUCAGUGACAUAGGAUUUGCAGGGAGUGGAUUCGUUUUGGCUUUUUACAUUGAAGACACAGUGCAGUCAUGUGCUUGUCAAAAUGGAGGAACUUGUAUGAAUUCAACAUGUGUUUGUAUUCGUGGUUAUGAGGGCACAAACUGUGAGUAUGAAACAUUGAAGAUACUUUCAUUUGAAGUUAGCGAUUCAGUACUGAGUGAAGACAAAGAAGUAUGGUUCAAAAUGGAAUUAAGGGACAGCAUUAAUCACAGCGUUCAGUGGUUCCGAAAUGGAAUAAUGAUAUCUAAUGCUUCUGUGAGAUUUAAAAUGACGUCAUCACGAACAGGAAAUGGAACAUAUCAUUAUAUGCUUCAUAUCCCGCAUGUUUUAAAACGGGAUGCAGGUGUUUGGGGGGUUACUGCAUAUAAUGGAGUGACAACAGUAAACAGAAGCCUCAGUCUUCAAGUUCUUCCGAAGCUUUUGCUCCAGGUGAUUCCACAAUACGAUUUCUACAUAAUUAGUGGCGAAGAUAUACAUUUACAGUGUUCUGUAAAAAAUCCUAAAUCUUUGAUUUAUUUAAGAAAUGGAAGAUUGAUUUGGCAAAAGGAUGAUGAAAAAGAUUUAUCUUUGACAGAUUCUAAGUUCAAUAUAAGCCGAGGAAAUACGUAUACAACAUUGUACAGACCCUCAGCGUUACCGGAGGAUUCUGGAAAUUUCUCCUGUUCUCACUCUGCUGAUCCUGAUAUAGUCAGUGUGUCUGUCUAUGUAAAAGUGAUCAAACCAGAGCAGCUGAGAUGUCCUACAGAAAAUUUAAAUGGGAUAAUAUGGAAUACAACUAUUGCAGGGAUGACUAAUAAGAAAUCAUGCCCAAAAAGUCAAAAAGGCACUGCAACUAGAUACUGCGACAUUCAAGGAAUAUGGACCGCUCCUGACUUGAUCAAUUGUACCAGUGAAGGUUUUGUAAAUACGUCGAAAGAGUUGGAUUCAUUACUAGAAGACGGUGUUAAUAAUAUAGAAAAAGUGCGAGACACCGUGAAUAACACAUUAGUGAAGAUGAAACAUCUGACAUCUCAAAGUAGUUCACUGAGUGCAGGAGAUAUCAGCUCCUCUCUUGACAUCAUAGAAAAGAUUGUUGAUGUCACUAAUCUGACGAAUGCAAAUAUCGAGGAAGAAGUAUUUUUCGAGAUCGUUGACAAUGUUUUAUCAACUAACAAUUCAGACUCCUGGACGACAAUUAAAGAAAAGACGAAGAAGGAUGGUAGCGUUCUGUUGAAGAACAUUGACAGACUAAGCGAAGUUAUCAUGAAAAACAACAAUGUAACAGCAACUAAGUUUACUGGUAAAAACUUAGAGGUAACUGUUGACCGAACGAAUGUAGAAGAAACAGGAAUAAUUUUUCCGGAGAUUUCCGUCAAUGAAAGUGCUGAUAUUGUUGAUGAAUAUGCAACAUUUCUUGAAUUGCCCAAGCAAACACACAAAUCAAAGAAAGCUAUAACCUAUGUGGCUGUUAUAUACAAGACAGUUACAGACAUUUUACCGACAGAUAUAAGAGGGGAGGAUACAGCAAGUGAUAAAGAAGUCGUUAAUUCUGAGAUUCUCUCACUGAGCACACAGACGGAUCUCGGGAUUCUGUCUCCACCUCUAAAUCUGACUUUUCAACAUAAAAACAAGAACAAAAGUAUUCAUCUUACUGCUAUUUGUGUAUCAUGGGAUUUUAUCUCAAACAAAUGGUCCGAAGAAGGCUGCAGAGUAAACUCCACCAAUAACAAGAGAACAGUUUGCCAGUGUAACCAUCUGACUAAUUUUGCCAUUCUGAUGAGACCAUAUACAUCAGAAAGUGAAGACAGUGCUUCUUUGAAGUCGAUAUCUUUCAUCGGUGUUAUCGUGUCUAUUGUUUUCACGAUGCUUACAUUCAUCAUCUACAUAGUAGCAUGGAAACAUAUAAAGAAUGAUCAAAAUAUCAUGAUGUUAAAUCUCUGUGGAUCGUUGGUUGUAUCGUACAUUGUCUUUAUUUCUGCUGUCGAGGAAACAAGUAAUGAGAGUUUGUGCAUCGCAAUAACCGCCAUCAUCCAUUAUCUUUUCCUGGUGACCUUUUUCUGUAUGAUGGGGAUUGGUAUCUACUAUUUUAUGAGUAUUACAGUAACCUAUCAUGCCUUGCGUGUGGCAAACAAUUUCAAGUCUAUAUCUAGAGUGCGUUGGUUUCUUUUAGGAGGAUGGGGUAUUCCAUUACUAAUUGCUGGAGUAACAUUGGGAGCUUUUUGGGGGAAGGGUUACCAUCUUAAGAAUUACUGCUGGCUCUCAAUGGAAAGUGGUUCUCUUUAUCUCUUUAUUGUUCCAGUUUGCCUUAUUGCAGUGCUAAACAUUAUCAUUAUUGUGUCUUUAAUACGAGUAUUGUUGGCCACAUCUACAAUGGUAAACUCGUCCCUCUACAGAAAGGCGGCAUCUGGAUUGCGAUCUCUUGGUACACUUGUACCAGUAUUAGGAGUUACAUGGAUAUUUGGAAUUCUAGCUGUUAACGAUAGGGCUGAAAUAUUCCAAUAUAUUUUUAUUAUAGCCAAUUCCUUACAGGGAUUGUUCAUAUUUAUUUCGCAUGUGGUGUUAAAUAAGAAGCUAAUUAAGGGUAUAAUAAUUAAGUAUCCCGCCCUGAGUGCGCUGUCGAUGUUAACAGAGUCAAGUAAACAGGAAUCAACCCCUGUUACAGGGACUCAUUCCGCUGCAUCUGAUCGUCCUAUAUUAAAAUCAGAGCGAAAGGGAUUAUUGUCAAAAAUAGGAAGAUCUUCAAACAAGAAGAAAGCAGACACUAAAAUGGAAAUGGAAUCCGAAUCGUUCUUGACUGAGAACACAGACUCAAGUGGAUUCUCCAAUAUCAGUUCCCAGGAAAAGAAUAGACGAAGACCAAGAUUACAGUUGAAAAUAAAUAAAAAGAAGACGUAUACAGUGACAACAACAUAAUAUUUCAUAUUUAAUAAAAAGAGUAUAAUGUAAAAGAAUUAUUUUUUGUCCUAAAUAAUGGCAUGGUUUUAAUUUGACUUUUCCUGAGAGAUUGCAGACAAAUGGUUAUACAUGUAUGAAGUAAUUCAAGUGCUGCUUAAGGUACCUACAUGUAGUUACGUAACAUUAUCAAUCAUGCAUUAACAAAUUCAUGUAGUUAAAUAAAUAAAUAAAUACAUUUAA